UCCAGGCGUGGGGCCGAUGGGCAGGAGGUCGCCCACGCUGGAUGGUGCUUCCUUCUGGAAGUACUGGUGGGCUUCCUUGCCUUCCUGUUGCCUUGACACCAGUAGCUGAAGGUGGAAAGGAAGCAGCACUCUGGGUCAGCAUGACGCUAGGAGCGUGUCCCCUCUUUUAUGACAUCACAAUUUAUUGCAUGCAGGUACGUGCAUCCUGGUGACUCUUUUUGGCAACACAGUCACGGACAAACAAAGGCACUGUCUUCAAUGAGCUGUGCUUGUGCAUGUGGGGGGGUGUUAGAGACAAACAAAUAAAUGUCUAACAGGUGACAGCGAAGCUGUGACAAAAAUGCCAAGGCAAGAAGCAAGUCGGAGAGUGAUGGGUUGCGUUUUCAGACGGGAGCUCAGAAGGGGCUAAAGUGGCCUUACGCAGAUAAUUGAAGGAAGUGCAGGAGGAAGCCACACAGGCAGAGAAACAAAGGCAGUAAGAACAAAGGCCCUGCGCGUCACUUCACGCUGUUUCCUUCCAUCUUUAGACCAGCCCUGCAAACGUGCGUAUCGCGUCUCCCAGGCGAAGAUGUGAAAAGAGAGACUCAGCAAGAAAAAGCGACUUGCCCAAACUAGAGCUGGUCCCCGCUGGCACCAGAGUCAAACUCCGAUCCUCUGAUCUCAGAGGCGGUGCUGGGAACCAGGGCCGUGUGCAACGGACAGUGUGAGAUGUUGCCGGAGGAGCAGAGAAGUGGGCACGCGGUUCCAGUUGAAACAACACUUCCUCUAGGAAGCAUUCACUGAUUCCUCCAGACUUGGGGGAGCUUCCCUGCUAUUUCCUCCCAUAACGUCGGCAUCUUUAUCCAGCACUUUAAAUUUUGUACUGAAAUUGUCUGUUUUCUGGAGCUCCUCACAGGCUAUACAUUCUUCGGGGGCAGGGCCAGGGUCUUGACUUUGCUUUCCUCUUCUGAAAUGAAAGAUGUCUCAGUGUGCCAUCCUCACUGGUUCUCCUUGAGCUGUCGUUGUCCGUGAGGUUAUGAGUGUCCUGACUCUCACUUCCACCUAUGCAGCCAUAUGCCCCAAACUGGACCCACGUAACAGAGUUUGUCAUAGUGGGCUUUGCUGGGGUGCAUGAAGCACGCCCCCUCUUCUUUACACUCUUCCUCACCAUGUACCUAUUCACCCUGGUGGAGAAUUUGGCCAUCAUCGUGGUGGUGGCUUUAGACCACCGGCUACGUAGACCCAUGUAUUUCUUCCUGACGCACUUGUCCUGCCUUGAAAUCUGGUACACUUCGGUGACAGUGCCCAAGAUGCUGGCUGGUUUUAUUGGGGUAGGUGGGGGCAAGAACAUCUCCUAUGCUGGCUGCCUGUCCCAGCUUUUCAUCUUUACCUUCCUGGGGGCAACGGAGUGUUUCCUACUGGCUGCCAUGGCCUAUGACCGCUAUGUGGCCAUUUGUAUGCCUCUCCGAUAUGCGGCCUUGGUGUCGUGGGGCGCCUGCGUCCGUCUGGCCACUGCUUGUUGGCUGGCGGGCCUCCUCACACCUGUUUUGCCUAUCUACCUCAUGUCCCAGCUGACGUUUUGUGGCCCCAACGUCAUCGACCACUUCUUCUGUGAUGCCUCACCGCUGCUAGCCUUGUCCUGCUCAGAUGUCACCCUGAAGGAGACCACAGACUUCCUCGUUUCUCUGGCAGUGCUCCUGGCCUCCUCUAUGGUUAUUUCUGUGUCCUAUGGCAACAUCGUCUGGACGUUGCUGCACAUCCAUUCAGCUGCUGAGCGCAGGAAGGCCUUCUCCACUUGUGCAGCUCACCUGACAGUGGUGAGCCUCUUCUAUGGCACUCUUUUUUUCAUGUAUGUCCGCACCAAAGUGGCCUCCUCCGUCAACUUCAACAAGGUGGUGUCUGUCUUCUACUCCAUUGUCACGCCAAUGCUCAACCCCCUCAUCUAUAGUCUUCGGAACAGGGAGGUGAAGGGAGCUCUGGGCCGAGCCUUGUCCCUCAGGUCUUGGAAAGGUCAGCAAGGAGGAAGGUGAAGACCUAGUUUUCUUGCCUUGGCUCUUCAGAAGGAGGGUGGUGAGGACGAGGGGACAGAGCAGUGACCUGGGUGGUCAUGAGUUAUGGAUUAUGUAUUAGUUAAAGUAAACUGUUAAUCUGGUGUAACGAGAGACACCUAGCUAUAAAGGGGCUUAAAGAAGGAAAGAGAUUUGUUCUUUCCUGCAAGAGUCCAAGGUGAGCGCUUCAGGUUGGCAGGUGGCUCUGCUCAACAGGCAAAGAUGGAAGUUCCCUCAUUCCAUAGUGUCAACAUCCCUUAGGAUGUUGGCAAACUAAGCGCCGUGGGCCAAAUUCAGCUCGACACUUGUUUUUAAUGAGCUGUAAGCUAAGAAUGGUUUUUAGACUUUUAAAUGGUUGUAAGCAAAUCAAAAGUAAAAUAAUAUUUCAUGACACAUAGUCAUUUUAUUUUUUAUUUUAAUUUUUAAUUUGAGAGAGAGAGAGUGAGGGAGAAGCAGAGGGAGAGACAGAGACAGAGACAGAGAGAGACAAUCCCAUGCUCAGCACGGAGCCUGAUGCAUGGCUCCAUCUUACAACCAUGAGAUGAUGACCCGAGCUGACAUCAAGAGUCAGAUUCUCAACUGACUCAGCUACCCAGGUGCCCGACCCAUAAUCACUUAAUAAAAUUAAAAGUUCAGUGUCCAUAAAUCGAGUUUUACUAGGAUACGAUCACACCAUAUGUGUUAUCUAUGGCUCCAUUCGUGCUACGAUGACAGAGUUGAGUAGCUGAGAUAGAGACCACAUGCCAACCCUCAGUCUAGGGCCUUCUUGUUAUCUACAUGGUCAGCAUGAGGUUCCAGGGAGCAAGAAGGGUGAGGAUAGAUCAAGGAGGAAACAAACUUCAUGUCUUAAGGUUUCUCCACUAGAUGUAGAAACCAUCAUUUCUACUCACCUCUGUUGGUGAGAAAUUAGCCAUAGCUCCCAGCUCUUUGCCAGGGUACUGAAAAGAGUCUGUAGCUAGGUAACCAGGUACCCAGCCCCAAUUUGAUUAUUGUGGAGAAAAAGGAGAACAAAUUUUGGCAGACGACUAGCUGUUUCCACCCACAAAGUCCCCAGAAUCAUAGCUGAUUUUCCAUGUGAUCCAUGUACUUAAUUUCUUUGUAGCUACAUUGUCUUAUUUGAAGUAUAGGCCCAUCUGACUUCUAUAUCAACCCGCUUCUUUGAAAUAUAAGAAGGCGUCAGCUUGCUUGAAGUGAGGCUUAAAAGACCAUUAUAAUUCAAGUAGUUCCCUAUGUGUAGAUAGUUGUAUCUUAAAGACAUUUAUAAUCAUCAUUUGAAUGUGGAUUCCAGAAACUAUAGUAUAUGGAAGGAGAAAAUGCUGAGCUUGACUGGAUCGGGGGAAGGACAGAUUUUUUUGUGAUGGUGUUUCUCAACUGGCCAAGAGCAAGCAGGUUACAUGAUGGUGCCCGUAGCAACACAGUCUCUACAUCCCCCACUCAACCCAGUAUCUUAGCGGCUGCACUUGUUAUGGUUGGCAGAAAGGGCACAAGUCAUAAGUUUUGAAAAACAUUUCAUUUAAUGAAUGUUAUAUCAGUAAUGAGCUUUAUGUUCUUUUGGAUGAUGGCAGGAUGCAAAAUCAGUGCAAAGAUGAGAAACUUUCAGGAUCAAAAAUAAGAAUUCAUAUGAAAGAAAUAGGACAGAACUUUCAGAUACCUGACCUGAGUAGAUUUGAACACAAAAUGUAUUUGACUUUUAGGUUUCUGGCUGAUGGAAACAAACAAAGCAUACUGGGUAUAUAAGAGUUCUCCAGAGAAACAACCAAUAAGAUCUAUUAUCUAUCUAUCUAUCUCUAUCUAUCUAUCUAUCUAUCUAUCAUCUACCUACCUACUAUAAUGAUAUAACUAUACAUCUAUUUAGAUUGAUUGAGAGAUGGAUAUAAGAAGAGAUUUAUUAUAGGUAUUGGGUCACACAAUAUGGAGGCUGGGAGGUCCCAUGAUCUGUCAUUUGAUAGCGGGAGAAGCUAGAAAAUCAGUGGUGUAAUUCAGGCUGAGCCUGAAGGUUUGAAAACUGGAGGAGCCUAUGGUGUAGGUCCUGGUCUGACACCAAAGGUCCAAGAAUCAGGGGCACUAAUGUCCAAGGACAGGAGAAGAUUGAUGUCCCAGUGCAAGCCAAGAGAGCAAGUUCUCCCUUCUUCCCCCUUUUUGUUCAUUCAGGCCCUGAAUGGACUGGAUGAUGCCCACCUGUAUUGGUGAGAGCAAUCUUCUUCUUCUUUCUUUUUUUUUAAAUUAUUUAUUUAAAUUCAAGUUAGUGAACAUACAGUGUAGUAUUGGUUUCUGGAGUAGAACCCAGUGAUUCAUCACUUACAUAUGAUACCCAGUGAGAGCAAUCUUCUUUAUUCAGUCUGUUUAUUUAAAUGCUAAUCUCGUCAGAAAAAAACCCUCACAGGCACACCCAAAAUAACAUUUUAAAGACUGAACAUCCCUUAUCCCAGUGAACUUGACACAUAGAAUUAACCAUCAUACCAGGUCAUGACAUUCUCAUUUAUGGUUCCAGAAAGAACUCAAAUUCAAACCCAGGGAAUGCUUUCUGGAUUUGACUCUAAGAACAACUCUGUGGGAAGUGUCAGUAAAGUCUUACAAUUCUGAGCUUAUGGAAGAAAGAAUCUAUAUUUUUGAGAUAAAUUACUUAAAAUGGUAAGAACUCAGAGGCAUACUUUUAGAAAGGAUCCUACAUAUGUAAAAGUGCAUCCUGGUUUAAUAAAACCUGAUACAAGAAAAUAAACUGAUAAUAUGGUAUUAUGCAUUCACUAUACUUCAAUAAAAGAAAAAACUGAAAAAAAGUCCUUUGUGAGUGUGAUUAUUUACAUUGUAAAGCAAUCACUCCCUUAAAAAAAAGACCUACCUGCCAGAAUCUGGAGUGCUCAUGAAGUACAUGAUAUGUGUAGGUAUUGACAGCUGAAGUUUUUAUUCUUAAUUAAUUAAUUAAUUAAUUGGCUUCUGACUUUGUUUUCACAUUAUAAUGGACACAAUAUUAUAUUAGUUUUAGGUGUCCAAAAUGGUGAUUCAGAA